AUGGCCCUUGAUGCAGAUACAGCAAGAACCAUUGUCGGGAUCAUAGGAAAUGUGAUCUCCUUCUUUCUGUUCAUUUCUCCCGCCCCGACUUUUUACAAGAUAUGCAAAGCCAAAUCGGUUCAGAAUUUCAAACCCGACCCGUAUGUCGUGACAGUGCUCAAUUGCUCAAUGUGGGUUUUUUACGGGAUGCCGUUUGUUCAUCCGGACAGCAUUCUUGUUCUCACCAUCAAUGCCAUCGGCUUGUUCGUUGAACUCGUUUUUGUCACCCUUUUCGUAAUCUACUCUCCCGAUUGGUCCAAACGCAGCAAGAUUUUGAUAGCCAUGUUAGUUGAAUUUGUGUUCUUGGCUAUGGUGGUCCUCGUAACCUUGUUUUGCCUCCAUGGGAGCAAGGCAAGGUCGAUGCUUGUCGGAAUAGUGAGCAUCGUGUUCAACAUCGCCAUGUACACGUCACCCUUGACGAUUAUGAAACGAGUCGUAACUACCAAGAGUGUUAAAUUCAUGCCAUUUUAUCUGUCACUAGCCAACUUUGCUAAUGGCACCGUGUGGUUCUUUUACGCGCUCAUCAAGUUCGAUCCGUACGUCUUGGUUCCAAAUGCUUUGGGUUGCCUUUCGGGAUUAGUGCAAUUGAUCCUAUAUGCGACCUACUACAAAUCCACCAACUGGAACGAGCAAGAAAAUCCGGCACGCCAAACAGAGACUGAACUCCAGCCGGCUUCACGCGUGUGA